CGACCCGGGCGGGCCUCGCCUCUGCUUUCGGCGGCGGCGGCGCUGCGGGAGCUCCGGCGGCUGCGAUUCUAAUGGCUGCGCCCGGGCCGCGGUGAUCGCGGGCGGAGAACGACGGGCGCGGGACCGCGGAGAUCGAGAGCGAGCGCAGCCGGACCCCGGCCCGGCCCGGCCCGACCGGCCGAGCCCGCGAUGCGCCCCGGGGUCGGCCCUCGGCGCAGCUGACGCCGCGGCGCGCGGAGACCCCGGCCGGCCGGCUCCGGAGAGCGGCUGCCCCGGCCCAGGCCGCGAUGGCGGGCAAGGCGGCCGCCCCGGGCACCGCGGUGCUGCUGGUCACGGCCAACGUGGGCUCGCUCUUCGACGACCCAGAAAACCUCCAGAAGAACUGGCUUCGGGAGUUUUAUCAGGUCGUCCACGCUCACAGGCCACACUUCCUGGCCCUGCACUGCCAGGAGUUCGGAGGGAAGAACUAUGAAGCGUCCAUGUCGCACGUGGACAAGUUCGUCAAGGAGCUGCUCUCCAGCGACGCGAUGAAGGAGUACAAUCGGGCGCGGGUCUACCUGGACGAGAACUACAAGUCCCAGGAGCACUUCACGGCGCUAGGAAGCUUUUACUUUCUUCACGAAUCCUUAAAAAACAUCUACCAAUUUGACUUUAAAGCCAAGAAGUACAAGAAGGUGACCGGCAAGGAGAUCUACUCGGACACGCUGGAGAGCACGCCCAUGCUGGAGAAGGAGAAGUUCCCGCAGGACUACUUCCCCGAGUGCAAGUGGUCGCGGAAAGGCUUCCUCCGGACGCGGUGGUGCCUCGCGGACUGUGCCUUCGACUUGGUGAACAUCCAUCUCUUCCAUGAUGCUUCCAACCUGGUUGCCUGGGAGACCAGCCCCUCUGUGUACUCGGGGAUCCGGCACAAGGCCCUGGGCUACGUGCUCGACAGGAUCAUCGACCAGCGGUUCGAGAAGGCAUCCUACUUUGUCUUCGGUGAUUUCAACUUCCGGCUGGAUUCCAAGUCUGUGGUGGAGACUCUCUGCACAAAGGCCACGAUGCAGACCGUCCGGGCCGCGGACACCAACGAAGUCGUGAAGCUGAUAUUCCGCGAGUCAGACAACGACCGGAAGGUGAUGCUCCAGCUGGAGAAGAAGCUCUUUGACUACUUCAACCAGGAGGUUUUCCGGGACGACAAUGGCACGGCGCUCUUAGAAUUCGACAAAGAGUUGUCUGUGUUUAAGGACAGACUGUAUGAACUGGACAUCUCGUUCCCUCCCAGCUACCCGUACAGUGAGGACUGCAGCCAGGGCCGGCAGUACAUGAACACCCGCUGCCCCGCCUGGUGUGACCGCGUACUCAUGUCCCCGUCCGCCAAGGAGCUGAUCCUCAGGUCGGAGAGCGAGGAGAAGGUCGUCACCUACGACCACAUCGGGCCCAACGUCUGCAUGGGAGACCACAAGCCCGUGUUCCUGGCCUUCCGCAUCGCGCCCGGGGCAGGGAGGCGAUGCCAGCGCCUCGAGGGGACCCCCGGCGAGACCCCCCCGUAGCACCAGGGCCCACGUCCUCCGACAGCUGCGUCCAGACCGCCCGAGCGCCACCGCCAGACGGCCGGCCCCACACUCUGCUUCAGCCCCGGACGGCGCUCCGGACAAGCCUCACAUACCUCACCGUCGUGUCUGUCCAUGCGGCAUCAAGUAGAAACAUUGGGUUUUUUUUUUAACGAGUCACAGUCCUGUUGCCAAAACUCUAAUAGACAGCAAAAAGAUGUGUAUUUUAGAUGUCACGGUUUUCGACUUUUAAUCAUUGUCAGCGUGGAGGAGCUUCUCGGGCGCAGAAACCCCGCGGGGCUGAGUCACCCUGCGGCGGGGGCUGAGCCGGCGGCCAGGCUCCACACUGGGGGCACGAGGCCCCCGCUUCCGCUCUGGAGGCCCCUCCCCGUCGUCACUCUGAUGCCAUGUUACAUGGCUUCUGAGUCACACUGCAGCUGCUUUCCAUUUUUAUAUAUAUAAAUAUAUAUAAAUAUAUACUUUUUAAAAAUAAUUUAUAAACCUUACCAAAACUUACGCUAAAUAUACUUUCCAGUAUGAAUGCUUGAGUGUCCUAUCAGCAGUGGAACUGAGUCUGGGAGCCGGUCGCCUGCGCGCCCACACACGCCUGUCAAGCCGGGACUGCGCCCGGGCGUACGGCGGGGCUCGGGCGGCCCGCGGCGCUCAUGCGCGCACAGACUCCUAGGCCGCCUUCUGCGUAUCAAGAACUGAAUGUGAAGUUUAUAGCUAGCUCGGGUGUACCUUUCAAGAAUUUUGUAAACCGUUUUGUCCGUCUUUUGUUACUGUUCUAUGGUGCCAAGUAUUCUACAUAAAACAAUAAUAUCAUGGGAGAAAUAAAACUAGCCUAGUCUGCUUCCGAUAGAAACCGCUUUUAACAUGGGCUGUAUAUAAACUAUUAAGAGAAACAAACUGUAUGCGUGCCCGGUUGCCGCGCCUCCCACAGCUCGUCGUGACCCUGCCGCACGUCCCUGCCCCCGACACCCAGCAGAGGUGGCACCCGGCCCGAGGGUGAAACACAAAUGACGUUUAUUGAUCUGCUUUAACACUACAGAACUCCCGGGCUGGGUGCAGGCGCCGGGGCGAUGCUUGCUUUAGGUGAAUCACUACCGUCGCAAGCGGUUUGGCGUCCACCGGCCGAGUCUGCAUCCUCGACAGAAAGAUCAGGGUGUGUCAAGCUGUGGUUACUCUGUCCACGUGCCGCAUGGCCGUUUCGGCCCACGGUGAUUUCUGUGUAGCAGGGUUUCAGCUGUUGGUCACUCUGGAGGCCUUUGGAAAUGACCGCUCCGGUCCCUAAGCAAUAAAAUUGAUUUUGGUGAAAACAA